UUCAUUUUAAUCUUACUCCACUCUCAAGUGAAUAAAGUGCUCUAAACAAUGACAAUUUCACCGAACACUGAAACCGCAGAAAGCACAGACGUGGGAUGGAAGUUCUGGAAGACAAGACGCUAUAUUGUGGUCUUCAUGACCUUCCUGGGACUCUUCAGCAUCUACUCCAUCAGAGUGUGUCUCAGUGUGGCGAUUGUGGCGAUGACGCAGAAGUUCAACGUCACUCUCGAGAAUGGAACUGUGAUUGAGGAUCAGCACUUUGACUGGGAUUCCACGCAACAAGGACUUGUGCUGAGUUCCUUCUUCUACGGAUAUAUCUGGACUCAGAUUAUAGGAGGUGUUUUAGCUUCCAAGUUCGGUGGAUAUUAUAUCUUUCUUUGCGGUGUUGGAGGAUCAUCUCUAAUGGCUCUUCUAACUCCUCUCGCGGCAUCUUUCAACAUUUACAUGCUAAUGGCCGCGAGAAUCCUAGAAGGACUGUUUGAGGGAGUGAUUAUGCCGUCGAUGCACGCCAUCCUCAGUCGAUGGGCUCCUGUUUUUGAGCGCUCCAGGAUGGCUAGCCUCUGUAUAACAGGAUGCUAUGCAGGAACAGUGAUUGCAAUGCCUUUGUCUGGUGUUUUAGCUUCAAAUCUAGGGUGGAAGAGUGUCUUUUACUAUUUCGGAAGCUUUGGAGCGCUCUGGUGCAGUUUAUGGAUCUUAUUCAUUCGACCAUAUCCUGAGAGUGAUUCUUUCAUAUCCAAGGAAGAAGCUGCGUACAUAGUCAAGAGCAAAGGAAGUGAGAGUGAGGAAAAGAUCGUUCAUCCUUGGAGAAAGAUCCUCACAUCAACAGCUGUUUGGGCUAUUGUCGUGUGUCAUUUUGCUCAAAACUGGGGCUUCGACACUUUCCUGACUCAAUUGCCCACUUUCUUCACAGACAUCCUCGAUCUUCCAGUGCAGUUGUCAGGAAUCGUCUCUGCACUUCCUUACUUGACGAUGACUUGCUUCUUAACUCUUGGUGGUUAUUUGGCAGAUUGGAGUCAAAUUAAAGGAUAUUUGACCACCAGACAAGUUCGUCGAUACUUCAACUGUGGAGCUUUUCUCGCCCAGAGUCUAUUCAUCAUUCUGGCCGCAUUCCUCCUCAAUCCAGCCGUUGUCAUCUUCUGCCUGACACUCACAGUUGGAUUGGGAGGCUUUGCAAAUGUUGGAUUUAUGAUAAAUCCUUUGGAUUUGGCGCCAAAUCACGCUUCAGUCAUCUUCGGCUUAUCGAACACCAUUGCAAAUAUUCCAGGAAUAAUUGCACCCAUUCUGGCAGGCUUAAUCGUGACAGAUAAGACCAAGGAACAGUGGCAAAUCGUCUUCUUCAUCGUUCUGGGCAUUAAUCUGCUGGGAUGCACAGUUUAUUGGUUCUUUGCCAGAGGAGAAUUGCAACCUUGGGCAAUUUCUUCAAGUGCCAAUUCAGGAAAAACGGAAAAACCCCAAGAAAUUGAUGAUCACGAGAAGGUCGAUGGCGCGGGAAAAACAUUUAUGUCUAGCGAAAUAAAAUGA